AUGUCAGAGGACGAAGACGAGGAAGAAGAAUCAGAGCCACGAUCUGUUGUCGUCGAAACUGAUUUCAAUUUUACUGAAUUCGUUUACAGGUUCGCCAAUGUAAAAAUUGUAAAAGCUAUGUUACUUCUGCUGCAACAAUUUGACAAGAACACAGACGAACUGAAUCAUUACGUUAACAAGAUGCUUCAUCGGGUGGCUUGGGAUUGCAAACAGCCGGGAAUGAUGUUUCAGGCAUCGAUGUUUCGUGUCUUUCAAAGAAUUCUUGAAUCGAGGUAUCCUGGCCACAAGGAACUCCAAAAGUUCGCUGUCUUCAUAAUCCGCCGUUUCAUCGAAGUCGCGCAGAAGAACCGGAAAGCGUACAUGGAGCUGCUCUUCUGGAAGACCACUCGUGACGCGACCGCGGUCGUCGAGGGUUACAACGCGGAAACGGAUAACAAGAAAGUUUCGCGCAGCCUGUGGACCGAAGCCCAAGAGGACGAGUUACGCACGCUCUUUAUGGAACAUCAGACUAACAACUAUCCCCAAGAUGUGAUCGACUGGAUACUGGAACACAUUAAUCAAGAACGGACACGGCGUGGUAUUAUAAAAAAACUGAAAGAGUUGUGCUUAAUUGUGAAUUCUAAGGCUGUACGAAGCGAGGUGCUGAAAAGGCUUCCGCAAGAAUGGUCCGAAGAGGAGGUUGCUCGGCUCAAAGAGCUUUGGGAAGAACUAAAAAAUGACGACGAUCCCGUGGAGCUGAUCUUCAAUGGGCUCACAAUAAAGCGGUCGAAGCCAAAGAUCAAGGAGAAGCUUUUGGAAUUAGGAUUGGCCGCGGAUCGCAAGGAGCUGCGCAAGAAGCGAUCCAGAAAAAGCAACCACGGUAAAUCGUUUUGGGAAACACGGUCUGCCAGUAAUUCCGACGAGGAUGAAGACACAGACGAAGAAGUUGGAAGAUCCUCGGGGGAUGGUAACACAACUUCCAAUAAACCGGCGAACAACGGAGGGAAGAAAAGUACGAAGAAACGGGCAACAAUAGUCUACACGGAUGCACAAUUAUCUGGACUGUUGAAGGAUGUCAUCGAAAAAAAUAUGAGCACAGCUCUGGAAUGGAUCAAGGAAUCCCUGCAGGAUGUCCUGGACGAUCGAGACGAGGAAAGCUCCGAAGGUAUCCCCUUAGUCCCACUGACAGAUUAUUCGGUGGCCGCGAUGGAUUCGCCGAGCUUUCAAAAGCUUAUUCGAGCUAUGGGAUUCACACCUCCCUCUAAUGAACAGGAAUCUUAUUGGCGUAUACCGGCUAAUAUGCUUAGGUCGACGAUUCAAAAGCGCUGCAAUCUUAUUGACGCUGGAUUGGCAGGAAACUUAAUUGUCGAAGAAGAAAAACCAGCACCAGCAAAAAUAGAAUUGGAUAGCGAUAAAAACAAUGAAAGCGACGAUGACGUCGAUGUUCUGGAAAAUAUUAAAAAAUACUUCACUUCUAAAGCUGAAGAACAACCAUCAACGUCUGGCAAUUCUAAACCUAGAGUUAGUUCUACACCCAAGCCAGUGAAAAGCUCAACAGUUUCUUCGAACUCCAUAGAGUGUGACGGUCCAGAAAUAGAGGAAGCAGAAGCAGGAAACUCGCAGACAGUCGAAAUUUCUAAAACCGAGAAGAAAGAUUCCAGUGGUCGCGUUAAAUUACUUAUCGACUCGUCUGAUUCUGAAUUGGAAAUUGAAAUCAACACUAUAGAUGCUCAAGACGAAGGGAAGAGAUAUCGAUCCGACAGCUCAGACAAGGAGAAUGGAGCAGUAAAAAAACGUCGUCUACUGGAUAGCGAUGAAGAACAAGAGCCAUUAACGUCUCAGGAUACCAAGCAGAAAUUCACUAAAACCAUAAUUAGUGACGACGAAGAGGAACCAGCGCAAGAGCAACGUAAUCAACACAGGUCAUCUCAUGUAAUGAUUAGCGACGAUGAAGAUUAA